AUGGCCGAAGAAAUGGACCGUGCUCGCGUUGCCGAGAUUGAGGAUGUUCAAGAUGAUAUCGCUCUUAACGAGGGCCUUCUUGACAGUCUCAACGACAACGAUGAAGUUAGCUCGGAAACGGAAGAUUCGAGGGACAUAAUACGGAACAAUCUCAAGCAACUGAGGAGGCGGCUCCGUGCGCUGCGAUCUGGCCCUGAGCAAGAAGGCGACGGAGAUUCAUCUUCCAGAGACAACUCUCAUGCGAUUCCAAGCCAGAAGAGCACUCACCGCGGUCAUUCCGAGACAGCCAAUUCCAGGUACAUUCCCAAACCUGAAGAUCCCAUGCCACCACCAAGCUCGGUUCUAGCAAAUCGGAAACGACAAAGAGGCGACAUCGAUCCGAAUGCAGACUCUCCUGGACCUUCCUCCAAAUCCCGACGAACUACGCCGAGUUCAUCUGUCACUGCUGCAGCCUCCCCCGCCGACUCCAUGAACAGUCUCGAUAGUCUUGAUUUCGACGAUCCAUUUAUUACCUCGUUGUUCGGUGACCUCACGAAGGAAGAGGCAGAUCGGCAUCGCGAUUUCUGGCAAAGACACGAAGAACGGAAGAAGCAAGAGGAGGAAGAUGCCAGACUUGCAAGGCUCCUAUCUCAAGUGGACGAGAAUGAUAGCUUCUCGUCAACCCAGUCUGGUCCUACCGCUCGUCCUUCAGACUAUACCCAGGCCUUCUUCAAAACAGAUGGAAGCAUCAAUCGUCGCUCGACCAUGCAAACCCCUGCAGCACACGAAAGUCCGUCGACGUCCAUCGCCGGACGCCCAUCUACCAGUGCCUCUGCAUUGAUUAAAUCAGAGCCCAGGGUGAAUCGCCCGAGCAUGGAAGCAAAUGCACUUGGACCUGCCUAUGGGCCUGGGCCUUUGUCAAGUUCCUCCUCUUCGACCUCAAGGGUGCCUGUCACGCACGGCCAGCUCCUCUCUCGUCACGCGACGACCGCAGGCAUUAAUCCUGAGCCGGCGCCUUAUUCGUCGUCGUCGGUUAUGCCAGGAAGCUUUCCAGGGGUGCAACCUUAUACCAGCGUCGGAGGAAACUCGGUGUACAACUCGCCAUCAUACAACAACGCUACUGCGACAGUAGGCGGCUCUCCUCAGCCACUUGGACUGAACCCAGCAUAUCCUUCAUCAAGUACUGCUCAACCUGGCUUGGGACCGGGUGACAUCGGGUAUCUAGAUCCACGCUCGUACCUGCGACCCGAAUAUCAAGAUCCAGCUCACACCAAAGAGGAGCUACAAGACCUGCUCAAGCAUAUCAGACCUGACGAAGAGUUUGCCGCCGAUCAAGUCGCUGUGCAGCCAGAUGGCUUGAAAGUGACUAUGAUGCCGCACCAGCUUUAUGGAUUGACAUGGAUGAGAAAGAUGGAGGAAGGCACCAACAAAGGUGGCAUCCUCGCCGACGAUAUGGGGCUUGGAAAGACCAUUCAAAGCAUUGCAUUGAUGCUAGACCGGCCAGCACCAGAGAACAAACACCGACCUACACUUGUCGUUGCUCCAGUCGCGCUGAUGCAACAAUGGAAGAAAGAGCUCGAGAAGAUGGUACGUUCAAGACAUCGGCUCAACGUCUUUGUUCUGUACGGGGACGCAAGAAAAACCUCGUGGUCGGCGUUGAAAGCGUACGAUGUUGUGCUUACGACAUAUGGUCUUUUGACUUCUGAAUUCAAGCGGAAACUAGCCUGGGAAGAGAAAUUGAAAUUGGUACCGGAUGCACGUCCUACCCUUGCUGAGGAAUGUCCCGUACUUGGCGACCGAUCUCAUUUUCACCGAGUGAUUCUCGACGAGGCGCAGUGGAUCAAGAACAGAAGCGCCAAAGCUGCUGUCGCUGCUUGUCAUAUUCAAGCAGACUAUCGCUGGGCGCUUACUGGCACGCCCAUGCAGAAUAGCGUGGAGGAGCUGUUCAGCCUCGUCAAAUUCUGUCGGAUCCGACCGUACAAUGAGUGGAGCCACUUCAGCAGAGAUAUCUCUCGGCCUCUCAAAAACCGUACCGGUAACAAGGACAAGGCCAUGACAACGCUGCAGGCCCUCCUCCGAGCGAUAUUGCUGCGACGUACCAAGACUUCCAAAAUCAACGGUCAACCCAUUCUUCAGCUUCCGCCCAAGACGAUUAAAGAGGACAGGGUGACUUUCGACGAGGACGAGCUGACUUUCUACAAAGCUUUGGAGACAAAUGCUCAAAUCCAGUUCAACAGAUACAUCUCCAGAGGAGGUAUUGGCAGAAACUAUUCUCACGCACUAGUUCUGCUUCUCCGACUUCGGCAGGCCUGUUGUCAUCCCGGCCUUGUUGUGCAGAGCAAAGACUUUCUUCAGGGGACAGGUGAACUGGACACUGACUCUCUCCUGGCAAACGCUGCCCAGCUGCACAAGAAAGUUGUCGAGCGGUUGAAGGAUAUCGACGUAUUUGAAUGCCCAAUAUGCAUCGACGUCGAUGAGAACCCUUCGAUAUUCCCUUGUGGCCAUGCACUGUGUAGCGAUUGUCUCAGUCGUUUGGUUGAUCAGGCCGCAACUGACAGUGAGGUCCAGCCGACAUGUCCUCAUUGCCGUGCCAAGAUUGAUGCAAACAAAAUCACCGAUGUUACAAGCUUCCUUCGUGUUCACUGCCCGGAACGCGCUCCAGCACUACCUGAACCCGAAGCGGAGGUGGAUGACGACGAUGAUGACACUGACUCGGAGACUGAUUCUGAUGACUCGGAUGAGAGCGACGAUUUGAAUGGCUUCAUUGUCCCAGAUGAUGUUGACGAGAAUUCGGAGCCCGAGCGCAAGGGAAAGAAGCCAGCUUCCAGACCUCGCAAGCAAAAGAAGUCUAAGUCGAAAGACAUGUUUCAUUCACGCGAUGCCUUCAAAACUCUUGCACAACUUCGAAAGGAAGGGUUGAGGAACAAAUCCGCCAAACGAAAGUAUCUCAAACGUCUUAGAAAGAAUUUCCAGACGUCGGCCAAAAUCACAAAAACCAUUGAAAUUCUAGAAGAGAUCAAGGCUCGUGGAGAAAACGAAAAGACCAUCAUCUUUUCCAAUUUUACCUCGUUCCUCGAUCUCCUUGAAGUCCCUCUUGUUGAUCAUCGAGAUUUCCGCAACUAUGUCCGGUACGAUGGAUCCAUGACAGCAACUGAACGUAACGACGCCGUUAUGGAGUUCACGGAGAACCCAAAUUGCAAUGUCAUACUGGUGAGCUUGAAAGCCGGCAACUCUGGCCUCAAUCUCACCGCAGCAAACCAUGUGGUGAUGCUCGAUCCAUUCUGGAAUCCCUUUGUGGAAUAUCAGGCCGCCGACCGUUGCUACAGAAUCGGUCAAACCAAAGAAGUAACGGUCCAUCGAGUUUUGAUCGGCGAAGGAGAUGCGGUGCCCAAGGACAGAGAGCCCACAAUCGGAGGGUUCACCGUCGAAGAUCGGAUUUUAUCUCUACAGGAGAGAAAGCGUGAACUCGUCGAAACCGCGCUCGACGAAUCAGCUGGCCGUAAUGUUGCCAGACUCAGUGUUCGAGAGUUGGGUUACCUUUUCGGUCUUCCGAACCUUGAUUAA